AUGAAGAAAAAAAUACAAAGUAUAGAUGUAUUUAUAUGGGAUGAAUGUUCGAUGAUACCGAAAAUUGCUUUAGAAUUGAUCGACAGAACGUUAAAAGAUAUAAUGGAAGACGCAUCACCGUUUGGUGGGAAGACUAUAAUACUAGGUGGAGACUUCAGACAAGUUUUACCCAUUGUGAAACGAGGAGGUAAACAACAAAUAAUAGAGGAAACAAUUAAAUACUCUACACUUUGGAGUAUAUUUGAAAAAUUAAGCUUGAAAAAAAAUAUGCGAGCAAAGGAGGAUGCCGCAAAGUUUUCAGAGUGGUUACUUAAUAUAGGUAAUGGAGAAGUGGAGUUGUUUGUACCAGAGAAAGAAAUACAAAGCAACAAUUUAAUAGACGAUUUAUAUCCAAGAAAUUUGCCACUUGAUGAAUUAACAAACAGAGCCAUCUUAGCUCCAUUGAAUGUCGAAGUUAAUCAGUUAAAUACAGAGAUACUACGCAGAAUGGAUGGCAAUAUAUUCGAAUCAAAAAGCAUAGAUUACGCAAUAUUACAAGGAAUUGAUACUGCAGAUGCAGCACUUGACGAAGAAGCUACUCUGCGAUAUCCGAUAGAGUAUUUAAAUGGAUUAACGCCAUCAGGUUUACCACCACACAAUCUACAGCUGAAAGUCGGAGCAAUUGUGAUGUCAUUGCGAAAUUUAUCAAUAUCAGAUGGUUUAUGCAAUGGAACACGGUUAGUUGUAAGAGAAAUUCACUCUAGAAUUUUGAUUGGUGAACUUCUAAUCGGAGAGCGAAAAGGGCAAAUAGUAGAAAUACCAAGAAUUAAAUUAGAUACGCGGGGAGACACAGAUAUGCCAUUUAUCCUCCAUAGGCGACAGUUUCCAGUCAGGUUGGCAUUUGCAAUAACUAUAAAUAAAUCACAAGGACAAAGUUUUGACCACGUGGGAAUAUUCAUUGACCGACCAAUCUUUGGACAUGGUCAACUCUACGUUGCAUUGUCACGAUGCAGGUCGAAGAAAGGUAUAAAAAUUCAACUGAAAAAAAAUGAAAAUGCAAUAAAGAACAUUGUGUACAAGGAAAUUAUUGAAUAA